AUGUCAGAGCUGACAAGAAAGCGACAGUCGAGGAGUGGGCACAAAUCGUACGCCACAAAAGUUGUAAACAAGGUUCGAGGUAUGGUAAACGACAAUGCGCCAUUAAGGAAAGUCGAACUGGAACAAAUGCGGCUUGUACUCGUACAGAAAUUGCAUACAAUUUCGAAGUUAGACGAUGAGAUUCAGAGCUUGUUGGAAAAGGAUGACGAUAUUGCAGCAGAUAUCGACAGCUCAUCGGAAUACGGCUGCGAAGUUCUGGGUGCGUUGGCCGAAAUUAACGAAGCGCUGAGCACGAUAGAGACGAACAAACGAAACGAGGAACUCGCCAACACAUCGACAAGUACAGUAUCCAGUGGGGCACGCUGUAGAGUGAAGCUGCCUAAACUAGAGGUGAAAAAGUUCUCGGGCAAGAUACAAGAUUGGCGUGAAUUCUGGGACUCUUUCGAAAGUUCCAUUCACAACAAUGACGGACUGUCUGAGGUCGACAAAUUCACCUAUCUGAGGGGACUGGUGGAGGAGCCGGCCAAGUCAGCAAUUUCGGGAUUUGCUCUGACUUCGAUUAACUAUGCAGAAGCACUGAAGGUGUUAGAACGGAGAUACGGGAGCAAAGUGAUGGUGCAAAGGGCACACGUAAAUGAUUUGAUGAACUUAAAACCCGUGUACAACGAGAGUGACACGACGAGGCUGCGCAAGUUCUUCGACGCGGUCGAAACAAAUUACCGAGGACUCGAGGCGCUCGGUGUGAAGGAGGAAACGUACUGCGAGAUAGUCGUGCCCAAUCUUCUAACAAAGAUACCGAACUCAUUAAAACUGACAAUUACCAGGGGAAGAGACUACUUAGAGUGGGGCAUGAAAGAUUUUGUCGACGCAUUACAAGCCGAAGUGGAGCUGCGGGAAUGCCACAAAUUAGCGGUCGGAGAGAAAGAAGAAGAUCAACGAAGAAGACGACGGGAACCGGGAACAGCUAGCGGGUUGUUUGCCAGCCGCAACAACCGAUUGUUUUGUGCUUUCUGCUGUGGAGAGCACAAGCAUGAAGAAUGUACCAAAGUAACGGGGCGGCAAGAACGGAUGCAACUUCUUCCAUCAUGUUCCAUAUGUGAUAAGAGUAAUAAUAACCAGAAGGAUGAAAGAAAUAGUCGGGAAGAAAGUGGACAGGUUAGUGUAGCUAAUGUCCACGUUAGUACUAGAAGUAGAGUGGCUCUUCAAACUGCGCAGGGAGUACUUAUAGGAAAGGGUAAUACAAGAGUGCGAGUGCUUUUCGACUCGGGAAGUCAGAAAUCCUUUGUGACGUGUGACGCGAAGAGGUGUGCCAAGCUUAACGUUGCUAGGCGAGAAUGGUUGGAAGUUAAUACAUUCGGUGGUGGAAGUAGCAAGGGUAGAAUGACAGAGGUUGUUCAGUGCGAGGUAUCGGCAGUUCGAGGAGGUCGUAAAAUACGCGUAGAGGCUUUAGUAGUUCCUCAUAUUUGCGCGAUCAAAAAUGAGCAUCUUGAGGUAGAUAAGAACAAGUAUUCGCAUUUGAAGGAUUUGUGGUUGUCAGACGUUAAUUUGAAGCAGGACACGUUAGAUGUUGAUGUUUUGAUAGGUGCGGAUAACCUUUGGGCAUUUCAACAAGGUGAGAUAAUUAGGGGCAAGGAUGACGAACCCGUUGCCAUCAAUACUUGUUUAGGUUGGGUAAUAAGCGGUCCACUGAAAGGGAGCUCGAACUUGAAAACCGCACGCGUUAAUUUAGUUUCACAGAUUGCAACACAAAACGCAGACAGCAUUAAUGGGGAUGUGAGUAAAUUGUGGGAUUUAGAAACGCUUGGAGUAAGAGAGACUAAUGACGUGCAUGAAGCAUUGCUUGACAAAAUAGAGUUCAAUGGGUCAAAAUAUGUAGUAAAAUUGCCAUGGAAACAGGGUCAUGAGCACUUACCGUCAAAUUAUUCAAAUAGUUUAGCACGCAUGAAAGGGCAGAUAAAGAGGUUGUCGAAUGAGCCAUCAUUGUUGAAAGAAUAUGAUAACAUUAUAAAGGAACAGCUAGAAACGGGUGUUAUAGAAAGGGUAGAUGAGUCUGAACCUGGGGUAAAUGUUCAUUACCUUCCCCAUCAAGCCGUAAUACGUAAAGAGGCGAAAACAACCAAAUUGAGAAUUGUUUAUGACGCAUCGUCAAAAGAGGGUAAGAGAGGGACUUCUUUAAAUGACUGUCUUCAUGUUGGACCACCAUUAACGCCGCUGUUGUUUGACAUAUUAAUUAGAUUUAGGGAGAACAGAGUGGCCUUGGUAGGAGACAUAGAAAAAGCCUUUUUGAACGUAGAAGUAGACGAAGCAGACAGGAACUAUUUGAGAUUUUUGUGGGUGAGAGAUGCGACUAAUGGUAAUUUAGAGGUUGUAGUGUAUAGGUUUUGUAGAGUAGUGUUUGGACUAAAUGCAUCGCCCUUCUUGCUUAACGCUACGCUUAGACAUCACAUUGCGCAAUUUGCAGAAACAGAUCAAGUGCUUGCUCAGAAAUUGAAUGAGGGGUUUUACGUGGAUGAUCUAGUUUCGGGGGGCAAGAGCGCACAGGAAACAAUCGAGUUGUAUGAGAAAGCGAAAUUUAGGAUGUCCCAAGGCGGGUUUAAGUUAAGAAAAUGGCUUACGAAUGAUGGAAACGUGCGAGCGCUUAUAGAGCAACGUGAAUGCGGAAACAAAGUGACGACGACUACAGAUUCAGACGACGAGACAUUCACACAGUGGAGUUUGGGGGCUCUAAAUAACAAGGACUGCGCAAAGGUUUUAGGUAUAGGCUGGGAUUGUGACAAUGAUCUGUUUACGUUUGAUUUACGAAAGUUUGUAGAAGACUUAGGUGAUAAGACGAAACUAACAAAGAGAAGCCUGCUAAGCGCAUUAGCAAAGAUAUUUGAUCCGUUGGGUUUAAUUAGUGCCGUUAUUAUUUUGAUGAAGAUUUUGUUUCAACAAUUGUGUGUUGAUAAGGUUGAUUGGGAUGACAAAAUAGAGGCUAAAUUGGUAGAGUCAGUAGGGAAAGCUUUAGAAGGGCAGGUAGGAAAAUUGAAGUCAAGAUAUUGGUUAGAUAGCAUCACUGCUUUGUAUUGGAUUCAGAAUAGAGGUGAAUGGAAGCAGUUUGUGAGACAUAGAGUGAAUGAGAUACUAUCAUUGACGAGUAAGGAAAGCUGGGGGCAUUGUCCAGGGGUAGAAAAUCCUGCAGACUUAGGUAGUCGCGGGGUGUUUGCGUCAAAUCUAGAGCAGGAAUGGCCUCAGUCUGUAGUGAGUAAGACCGAGGAGAGUGUUCAAGAAGAAAGAAAGGCGGCUGUGUUAGUAGUAGACGCUAGUGAGAAAUUUGGUAUAGACCAGAUUAUCUGUAUAGAUAGGUACAGUAGGGUGGAAAGAUUAUUUCGUGUAACGGCAUGGGUUGCACGGUUUGUCAGGAAUUUGAUUGCUAGGACCAAAGGGAAGCAUGAGGAUUUGACUUUCACGGAGUUAGGGAGUCAGGAGUUACAGAAAGCAGAAAGACUUUGGAUAAAGGCUUCACAGGACAGGUUAAAGAAGGAAGAUAAGUUUAAGCAGUUAGAGGUACAGCUCAACGUAGUAGAAAAGGAUGGGUUGUUAAAAUGUCAGGGUAGGCUAGCAGAGUCAGAUUUGGAAGAGGAAACAAAAUUUCCUACUUUACUACCAAAAGAAGGUCGAUUGACAGAAUUAAUAGUUGAGCACAGCCACAGGAAGGUACAUCAUAGUGGGGUAAGGGCUACUUUAGCUGAGAUAAGGUCUAGAUUUUGGAUUCCCCAAGGAAGACAAAGGGUAAAAUCGAUUCUCAACAAAUGUAUCGUGUGCAAGAAAUUAGAGGGUAAAUCAUACAAUAGACCUAGCGAAGCAAACCUUCCAGCAUUUAGAGUAGAGCAAUCAGAACCAUUUUCGAAAACAGGGGUAGAUUUUGCAGGACCAUUAUAUGUGAAGAAUGCACCGGGGGGCACAGAUAAGGUUUAUAUCGCAUUAUUUUCAUGUUGUGUAACUAGGGCCUUACAUUUAGACUUAGUUAAAGAUUUGUCUGCGGAUGAAUUUGUGAGAUGCCUAAGACGAUUUGCAGCUAGAAGGGGGACCCCAUCAUUAAUGGUGUCAGACAAUGCAAAAACGUUCAAAGCAACAGUCAAGACUUUAGAAAACCUCUAUAAAAAUGAAAGAAUGCAAGGGUAUUUGGGAAACAAUAGGAUAGAGUGGAAAUUCAAUCUAGAAAGAGCUCCCUGGUGGGGUGGAUUUUUUGAAAGGAUGGUUAGGUCAGUGAAGAGGUGCUUGAAGAAGGUACUAGGGAAUGCGAGGUUGACAUUUGACGAAUUAUUGACAAUACUGGUAGAAGUCGAAGCAACAUUAAAUUCUAGGCCAUUGACUUACACGUACGACGAGGUGGGUAGUGAACCACUAACUCCGUCGCAUUUGGUGACGGGAAGAAGGUUGUUGUCCAUGCCAGACGAAGUGUCUGGUGAAGAGGAGUCUGAUGAGGGUUACUGUAAAAAACGGUAUCAGUAUUUGAGUAAGAAAAAAAUGCAUUUCUGGAAUAGGUGGCGAAAGGAGUAUUUAGUUGAUUUAAGAGAGUUUCAUAGGAAGGACAAAGACAAUACUAAUAGGGUAGUGCAAAGGGGAGAUGUCGUGACUGUUUAUGAGGAUAAUGUGAAAAGGGGAAAUUGGAAAACAGGUGUAAUAGAGGAGUUGUUUCUAGGGAAAGAUGGUGUGGUUAGAGGCGCUAAGGUUCGGUUAGUUAGGAACGGUAAAGUCGUUCACCUUAAUCGUCCCGUCCAAAAACUCUUUCCUACCGAGUUGAAGCACGACGAAGGCGAGUGUGAGCGAGAAGAGAGAGAGAAAGGACUGAAAGGAAGGAAGGUAGAAAAUACGGGCAGACCCAAAAGAGCUGCUGCUCUUGAUUCUGUCUGGAAGACACAGAAUAUGCUUGAUUAG